GGACAAUUUACUGGGCAAUUUAAGGGACAAUUUAUGGGACAAUAUAAGGGACAAUUUCAGAAGCAAUUUAUGGGACAAUUCAAGGCGCAACUUAUGGGACACUUUAAGGCUCAAUUUAUGGGGCAAUUUAAGGCGCAAUUUAUGGGACAAUUUAAGGCGCAAUGGAUGGGACAAUUUAAGGGGAAAUUUAUGCGACAGGGACUAUUUAUGGGACAAUUUAAGGGGAAAUUUAUGCGACAAUUUAAUUAA